AUGAAUCCAGGCUUAGUGCUUGCCUAUUCCUUGGGGAUUUUCAUAUGUAUUGCAGGUAAGAACAAGUGGUUUUCUUGUGAAGGCCUAAUUUGGAACAGAAAAGAAAUAUAACCACCUUGAACGUCAUGGUCGUUUUUUACGACAGGUGAAUACAGACUGCACCAUUCUUUCAAGAAAAUGUCAUCCGUCAGAAUAAGAUUUCGCUCAUGCGCCAUCUCAGUGCGUAAAGCCAAACUAUCCCUCGACAUCUUAAUGAGGCGUUAUAAAAAACUUCGUGAGGUCUCUAUGCUAUUAGGUCCGUAAUCCGUUAUUCAGUUAUAUCAUGGAGUAGUCUCCUUUCAUUCUAUUAAGCAUGCUACCAGUGCUCAACAGUUUAAGUGUUGUACAUGCUCAUUACUGAUAAGAUCAGGCUGAGUUUCUUUGGCUAUCGGCCGCGACAGUUAAACCCGUAGCAGACCCUUACUGUGCACACGUAUAUUUCCAUUAUUUACCUAUUUUUUUCUUCCGAUUUAAGUACUUUUAUCUUAUUGUUUUAGACAUUGUAGGGGUUGAAAUUCAAUUGUGGCUCCUUCCCAGUUUUUAUCUCCAGUCAGCGUGCUGUUGUUUGUUUGUAUGUAAUUUCUUUCUUGACAAAUACAUAAGCCCUUGAAAGUUGAACUGGCGAAUUACUGACCGACGUGUUGGGUUGGGUUGUUUUGCUUGAUUUUUUUCAGGAUAUUAACUAGUAUUAUAAAUGAAGAUUUUUGGCAGUGUCAUAAUCAACUCCUCUUGUUAGUCUCAGAGCUCGUUUACUGAGUACAUGUAUGACACUAGCAUAACCACGAAGAUAUCUACGGAGAGGGGGGAGGGUACUCAAAUAAAAUUUUAAACGGGGGUCCUCCGCCCUGAAGUCCAACACCUUGCCCUUUCACUUACCUAGUUUAAAUCCCUUUUAACUGCUGUAAAUGCACGCUCUUUUAAAUAUGAAUAAAUCACAAAACUGUUAAUUUUUCUUGCCUUUUUCACGGCCAUGCAAUCCUUCUGUAGCCCUUGUCGGUAAUUUUACAGACCGAAAUGACAGAUUUUCCUACCCUUUCAUACACUUUAUCUAGUGAAAUCCCUACUGUUUUAUGUACCUGAGGCCUGAAAAAAGCCUCCCCGUAUAGGCCAUAAAGCGUAGGAUGCGAUAAGCGUUACCAUUUCUCUCUUAAAAAGACCAAGGUAAGAAAGUUCUUAAAAAAAUUAUUUUGUCAAAAUAAAUAACUAGUAUUAUGUAAAAGAUCUGCCAGAAAGGUUUCAUUUGAAUGGUAACCCCAUAAGGUUUCCUUCAAAGAUUUAAUACUGGUUUUAGUAGCAGAUAAAACGAAAUACGCAGACCCUGAAUCCAUCACUGUUGACGUUAGAAUGAGAAUCCAAUAUGGCAGAAAGAAAGGAGUUCAGUCGCGAGUGCUAAAUUUUUGUUUUUUGGUUUGUUUGUUUGUUUUUUGCACUUGUGCUCAUUAUUGCCUUCUGCCGAUUUAUACGUGUGACGCUCGUAAAGACGUGAAUGCGGGCAAGCGCACAGACACAAAGCUUGUCUACUUGCUUCGUACCGAUUUACACGCUUAUUGAGUUAGGCUUAUGCUUUUAAAACAAGAAAGAUUAUUAAAAUGUAGACAUUGCAAGAUUGCAAUUCUCUAUACUUAUGACAACUGAAGGACAGAGUCACACGGGCUUUAAACUGAAUUAUGAAAAUAGGAUAAGUAGCUAUCAAUUCUGGUUACACACAGUUGUAUCAGUUAAAAGUAGAAUUCAAAUUUUUUCAUUCUUUUUAGGUGAAGGGCUCCUGUUCUUUCAUUGCUCUUUAAGAAAUUAGAAAUAAGAUUUAUAGGGACAAUGUUAACAAAUGUUUCUCGUCUUAGGGACAUUUGCUCAACAUCACAUGAUGUGGCCGCCAAGACCUGGUGACGAAAAGUAUAAAGAGGGAUGCGGAAAAGAAAAAGAGGGCCAUGAUCUUCAAUCUCAAGCCCUGAAAACAAAAUGGGGAAAUAGCAGGUGGCGCAACUAUCCAAAGGCAUGGGAAAAUAAACGAGAGGAGACCGAGUAUCCGCCAAGGCCUGGUGAUGCAGGAGGCGACGAAGACAUGGGCUCGACUUCAUCCAGUCUUUCCGAUGCCAUAAAUAAUAAUAUACAAACCCAUGAGUGGUAUGUCGGAAAUGGAAUGCCACCGGGCAAAAGAUUUUUAGCCCGAAGGAAGCUUAAGCGAUCAGAUUAG